GACAUAGCCCCGAAAUCUGAGGUACGACUCUGUCUGCAGGAAACACUUUUCGAUUACACGGUCAUCAAUCUCAAUUUCUUCCUCUCUAUCUUCUCUUCUACCUUUGCUCUUGGUCAUUUCUCCUUCCCUUUCUGUUCUACAGAUUUGAUCCUUCUAGGAUCUUAUCAUAUACUAAUACUUUAUUCCCCCAAGAAAAGAAAAAAGCUUUCCAAAAAUGAGAUUUCGAUCGUUUUUGAAAGAAACUAAGAAACAGAGAAGGGUAGUGGAAAAGAGAAAGAAGAGGAAAGCAGAUGAGCUUUCAAAUCCAGUGAGAAAGAAGAUCCGAGUGAAAAACCAGAGUCAAACUCAAGACCAAUCAUCACCUCCUUCUUCUUUGUCUCCUCCCUCAUUUUUGUCUCCACCGUCACCUCAGUCUUCGUUGUCUCCGCUACUACCACCUCUGUCUGCUCUGUCUCCUUCAUCCGCUCCAUCUUCUUCCUCUCACGUCUGGUUACACGAUGUCUUUCCGAGCUUCCGCGGGGAAGAUGUCCGCGAUAACUUUCUUAGUCACAUUAAAAAGGAGUUUGGAAGAAAGACAAUCACAUUUUUCAACGAUAAUGGGAUCGAGAGAGGAGAAUCCAUCGCUCCCGAACUCAUACGGGGGAUUAGAGCAUCUAAGAUCGCGAUCGUCUUGCUCUCGAGGAACUACGCUUCUUCUAAGUGGUGUCUUGAGGAGUUGGUGGAGAUUAUGAAGUGCAGGGAGGAGCUGGGUCAAACUGUGAUUGCUAUUUUCUAUAAAGUAGAUCCAUCUGAUGUAAAGAAGCUGACCGGUGAUUUUGGGGAGGUGUUCGGAGAAACUUGUAAGGGUAAAGCUAAGAAGGAGAUUAGGAGGUGGAAACAAGCUUUGGAGAAGGUGGCCACAAUAGCUGGUUACCAUUCAUGCAACUGGGUUGAUGAAGCUGCCAUGAUCGAGGAUAUAUGCACCGAUGUUUAUAACAAGCUGAAUAAUUCUGCACAAUCGAGUGAUUUCGACAGUCUCGUUGGGAUGAGAGCUCAUAUGACAAAACUGGAACUGUUGUUACGCCUAGGCUCCAAUGAAGUGAGGAUGAUAGGGAUUUGGGGUCCUUCUGGAAUUGGUAAGAGCACCAUCGCCAGAGUUCUAUUUAGCCAAUACUCUCGCGAGUUCCAGUUUAGUGUCUUUAUGGAGAAUAUUAAAAGACGUUUUCCCAGACCUUACUACGAUGAGUACAGUGCUAAACUGCAAUUACAAAAAGAGUUCAUGUCCCAAAUAAUCAACCGAGAAGAUAUGAAGAUUCAGCAUUUAGGAGUUGUGGAAGACAGGUUAAAAGACAAGAGAGUGCUUGCCAUUCUUGAUGACGUGGAUCAUUCGUUGCAAAUAGAAGCCAUAGCGAAAGAAGCUCGGUGGUUUGGUCCUGGAAGUCGGAUAAUCAUCACAACACAAGAUAAAAGGCUUUUAAAUGCACGUAGGAUUGACGAUAUUUACGAGGUGGAGUUUCCACCUGACGACGAGGCUCUUGAAAUUUUCUGCAUGUAUGCUUUUGGCCAAAAGUCUCCACAUGAUGGAUUUAAGGAACUUGCUUGCGAAGUUACAAAACUUGCCGGUGAUCUUCCUUUGGGACUAAAGGUUAUAGGAUCUUACUUCGAAGGAAGACCCAAGCAGGAGUGGGAAGAGGACCUACCAAGGUUAAGAAGUAUACUUGAUGGAGAAAUAGAAAGUAUUUUAAAGUUCAGUUAUGAUGCCUUAUGCGUUGAUGAUCAAAAUUUAUUUCUUCAUUUAUCUUGCUUUUUCAACUAUGAAACGCCUGAAAUUGUGGAAGGGUGUCUUGCAAAGAAAUUUGUUGGUGUGAAAGGUUGUCUCCGUGGUUUAAUUGAGAAAUCUUUCAUAUCAUUUGAGGGGAGUCUAUAUAUAGAGAUCCAUGAUUUGCUAGCACGUUUUGGUAGAGAAAUUGUUCGUAAACAAUCCAUUCGUGAACCUGGGCAGCGUCAGUUUUUGGUUGAUGUUGGAGAUAUAUGUCAAGUACUACGAGAUGAUGAUAAACUAGGUAGUGGAAAUGUUAUAGGCAUAGAUCUGGACCUUUCAAAGUUGGAGACGGAGUUGAAGAUAAGUGAUGGAGUUUUUGCAAGAAUGUCAAAUGUCCAAUUCUUAAGAGUCAGAAGAUAUUGUUUUCACAAUAUGCCAUAUCCCGUGACAUGUCUGCCCCCAAAUCUAAGAAAUUUGUAUUGGGAUUCUUAUCCGAUGACAUGUCUGCCUUCUAAUUUUAAUCCGGAGUUCCUGGUGAAAUUAAUCUUGACUGAAAGCAACUACCUUGAGAAAUUAUGGGAAGGAAAUAAAACUAUUAGAAAUCUCAAAUUGAUGAAUUUGUCGGAUUCUGACAAUCUAAAGGAGCUUCCUGAUCUCUCAACUGCCACUAAUCUGCAAACAUUGAAUCUUCGUGGUUGCUCAAGUCUAACUGAGCUCCCCUUUUCUAUAGGAAAUGCUAUCAAUCUCCGAAAAUUGGAUCUUAGUGGAUGUACAAGUCUGAUGGAACUCCCCUCUUCUAUGGAAAAUGUCACUACUCUCGAGAAGUUGCUUCUCACGGGAUGCUCACAUAUAGCUAACCUCCCAUCCUCCAUUGGUAAUCUCAAGGUGUUGUAUCUCCAAAACUGCUCAAGUUUGGUGGAGCUUCCAUCUUCUGUUAUAAAUUCCCUUAAUCUCAAGGCAUUUGCUUGUAGUGGUUGUUCAAAUCUUGUGGAGCUCCCUCUGUAUAUGGAUACUGCCAGUUACCACAAGAAAUUUGAGCUGAGAGGAUGCUCAAGUCUACGGGAGCUCCCCUCUUCUAUUGGGAAUAUAACUAGUCUUGAGGAGUUGUAUCUCGGUGGAUGCUCAAGUCUUGUUGAGCUCCCUUCUUCCAUUGGGAAUAUGACUAAUCUCAUGAAGCUGUCUCUUAAUGGAUGCUCAAGUCUUGUGAAGCUCCCCUCUUCUGUUGGGGAUAUGAGUAAUCUCAGGGAGUUGUAUCUCGAAAGAUGCUCAAAGCUAACGGCCCUUCCGGUCAAUAUCAACAUGAAAUCUCUUGAUACACUUAAUCUCACUGACUGCUCGUCAUUGAAAGUCUUUCCCGAGAUUUCCACAAACAUCGGAGUUCUAAAGCUCACUGGAACUGCAAUAGAACAAUUCCCUCCAUCAAUCAUAUCAUGGCCUCGUCUACGUGAACUUGUAAUCAAGGGAUGCGCGAAGCUGGUUUCUCUUCCGCAGCUUCCGGACUCCUUAGAAUGCCUAGUCGCAGACAAUUGUGGGUCCCUCGAAAGACUAGAUUGCUCUUUUAACAAGAAAAAGUUUAAUGCGCUCUGCUUUGUUAACUGCUUUAAACUGAAUCAAGAAGCAAGUGACAUUAUCAUCAACACAUCGACAAGAGACUUUGCAAUUUUUCCAGGAGAAACAGUGCCUACGUGUUUCAGUUACCGAGCCACCGGGAGUACCAUGUCAAUGACGUGGAAUGGAUUAGAUACACAGUACUUUCCUACAUCCUUGAGAUUUAAAGCUUGCCUCUUGCUGGUUUAUAAGGGUGACGUGGAUGCUGGUGAUCGCCACUGGUCUGAAAUAACUUAUUGCAUCAAGGACAAACUGAGUGGUGUUAAACCAGUAAGUUAUUCUUAUAGAUUGUUCGAUUUGUCUCCAACUUCAGGGGAGCAUCUGUUAGUAUUCGAAAUUGAAGAAACUGUGAGUUCCCCCGAGAUAGUCUUUGAGUUCGAACACAAAAACAAAAAUUGGGAGAUUAAAGAAUGUGGGAUACAUCCUCUGGAAACCUUGGCUCCCUCAUGUUAAUGGAAGCUGUGAAGAAAAAAAAAAACAAAUCGCAUAUUUUCUCUAAAUAACUUCUCUUUAAAAAAAUCUUACUUUCAAGGUUGAUGUGCAUCUUUUGCUGUAUUUGUGUAAGAUUAUCAUUGUGCUAUGUUGGGUUUGAGUACAAAUGAGCCGGCAUAUAUAUAUGUAAUGCAUGUAUGUGCAUAAUCAUAAUAAUACUAAAUCAGAUCAGAUUCAUAAGUUUAUAGAUAUAUCUAUAA